UUUAAUAACCGGUCGGCCGAUGAAAGCGAACACGUUCGAAACCGCGAGUCGAUUAAUCGUUUAUACCGUCUGCCGUACUUUCUCUGGAAAAGAUCAAUGAAUUAGAAUGAUGGAGAAAGUAAUUUGAGGGAAAUUACGAAUCUAAAGUUUUUGGGAGAUCGAUUCUUUGCUAUCACUACAAAUUUCUUGCCAUAUUUUCAUUCAUUGAGACAAAUCCUGCACUCGAAUAUAAAAAUUCAAUUAAUUAAAUUUACUCAACGUAUUCAAUAUGUGCAUUGUUCAAAUAAUGCUAACAUAUCGAAGAUAGUAAAAGGUAUAAAGUUAGAUAUAGAAAUCAACAUCCUUGAUUCAGGAAAUUACUUAAUUUCAAUUACCUAAAAUGAAAAUUACCUAAUUUAAUUUCAAAGAAACAAACCUUCUGUUCAUUUUUGUUUCAUUUGCGAAGUUGAGAUUGUUCCCGGAUGAAGCACGAUAUAAAAUCCGAUUAUAUCAUUGCGUCGUGUCGCGUGUUGAUGAACUUCUCGCGUUACCUUUAAAGACACGAUUACGUUACGCCUGUUUUAUGCAACGCAGAUGAAACAAAUGGUAUUCAGCGCGAUGAAUAUUAUUCAUAAGUACAAAAGUGUGACAAGUGUCACAACUCAUUGUGAAACGAUUAAUGAAGUGUCUUGGGCGAGGCGUGGGGAACGAUCGGAGGCGAAGGAUACGCGCGCAUUGCCGAUCGAAGAUGUUGCAUGUGUCCUUGCCAAAUGACAUCACCGUACUAAAUAAGGAUUUGCCCGACGCGACGAGCGCACCGCAACCACUACCUACGAUCGAAAGGCAAUCCCAUGAUAAUGCACCUGUUUUGCAAUCAAUCUCCGCGGAUAAUAUUCAAAGGAAUAUGCCAGGCCUAACAAUAAAUAUCCGUAUUUAACAAUAGUGAAUCGCCGGCAUUUUCACGCGAGAUUGACGACGUGAACAAUGGUCACGAAGCACGAUUAUUCUUUAAAAUACGCAGCACGUAUGAAACAGGCUUAUCUCCACUGCAUUGUAAACUGCUCAUGAUGAGCUAGAUGAACGUUACUGAUCGAUCACGCAGCAUUUGUCUUUAACGUUCCCGCAUGAGCGCAUCUUGAUGUAGAUUGCACGAUGCAUACCUCGAGGUACUCCGGCUACCACAUUAACACGAAUUGUGAUUACAUUACAGACGGCGAAGAGAGCCACCGGGCUCCCUCAGAUCGCACUGUGUCCGAGUAUGUCGUUGCCAACGAGCAUACCACCAUGGUAAAACCAAGAAGAAAGAACCACACUGACAAAUAUGACAGGGAGGAGGAGAGGAGAUCCAGGAGCGCGCACAACACUCGCGACUCCGUCUUGUCCGGAUCGUCGAAGCACAGUCUACAUCCGCUUCGCAAGAGUGCCUCGCACGGCAGCAUCUGCGACAACGGUUCGGACAUAUACGUCACCAGUGCCGCGUACAGAGCUACCUCUGACAUCAGUCGGGUGUCACGCCACAGCCUAGCACCAAGCUCGAGAUUGGAGCACAGAGCGCCUAGUCAUUACAGCUACGGCUCUGGCAGAUCAGGCACCUCGACAGUGAAGACGCGCACGUCGCGGAAGGGCGGCAUAAUCGUGGAGACCAUGUCGACGCCCAACCCUUUCUGCCCGAACACCAAGGGCGUUUGUUGCCUCAUGCUGCUUCUCAAUCUCGGUCUGAUCCUUGUUACGUUGGGCCUCGUCAUUGUCAUACAGUUCUUCCAACCGCUAGUCGUUUGGAUCUUGGGAAUUAUAUUUCUUAUAUUUGGACUUUUGACGCUGAUCGGCAGUUUCGUGUAUUGCGUGCACGUGUUCAGAAACGCCAAACACCCACACGAUAUCAAUCCAGAAGAUUUAUACUGGACCCAUUACUGGCAAGGCCGUGUCGGCUCUGCAGCGCCUGAAGUUUACUAUAAACCGGAGGAUAAGUACCAUGAUGAUGGCUACAGCGAUCGAUACAGUAAAUAUUCGGGAAAGUAUUACGACAGGCAAAGUCAGAGAUACUAAUCGAGACACGAAGAGAAUGAGAUCGAUCAUUUUGCAGUACCGAUUUAUUCCGCCAAUUUACAUCCGUAAGACAGUUAGAGACCAAUGGAAAAAAUAAAGAUAGACUAAUCUCAGUGCAAUAAAAUUAUACUACUUGUGCAUAGCUAUUGUACUAACAUCUUGUUUCUUUUUCUAAGAAGUGCUAUUGUAAAUUUAAAUCCUUUAUAUAAACAAUAAACGACCUGUAAAAACGGAAUUACUUUUGCAAAGUAACAUGCAGAACCUCUCUAACACUAAUUUAGAGUUAUUCAUUAUUUAGCACAUGUCGACACAUAAUGAUACAUAAAGUCAAAUAAUUUUGGAGAUAUAGAUAUUUAUAUUUUAUAUAUAGAGUACAAAUACAUGUAAUAUAAUAAUCGCAAUUUGAUGUAAUAUAAUACAAUGUAAUGUAAUGUAUAGUAUAACAACGUUCUAUAAACAUA